AUGGAGGAAGGGGCACUGGAUGGGGAGAUGGGGAGCGGGACGGGGGAUGGGGAGCACGGAAUGGGGGAGGGGGCGCGGGUCGGAGUGGGCGCUCAGGACCGGGAGGGACGCAGGACCCGGUGCGGGCGGUGGGGUAAAGACCCGGCCGGGCUCCAGCCGAAGUCCGCGCUGGCAGCGCAGGAGGAGCCCGACCAUCCCCAGGGUCCAGCUCGUUUUCCUUCCCUGGGCUGUCAAGAUUUGCUGGAGACCCCGACAGGUCUUGUGGAGGCGCCCCAGGCGGGAGCGAUCCCGGGUUGA